UGUCUGUAAUGAUUGGUCAGAAGAACUUGGGCGUCACAUUCUGAUUUGUCGAUCCAUAGUGCCCGGUGUCCGGGCAAGAUGGCGUCUGAAGAGCAGUGCUCGGUACCACCUCGAUGGCGGUCGAUAUCUCUAACCCAUGUAGAGUAUCCAGCUGGUGACCUGACGGGAAAAGUGCUGGCCUACACUAGCCUCAUCCCCAUUGCUAUUCUGGUGGGCUUUGUCACACUCAUUGUAUUCAAGCGUGAGUUGCACACAAUUUCCUUUUUUGGGGGACUCAUACUGAAUGAGGGACUCAACUGGCUGCUGAAGCAUAUCCUGAGGGAACCACGACCCUGUGAAGGAGCUCAUACCACCAUGACCACAGAGUAUGGGAUGCCUUCAAGCCACUCACAGUUCAUCUGGUUUUUUGUUGUAUACUUUUUUCUUUUCCUUUAUUUGAGAAUGCAUCAAACAAACAAUGCCAGGUGUGUGGAGCUACUGUGGAGACAUGUACUCUCCAUCAUUUUGCUAGGAGUGGCCUUGUCUGUGUCCUAUAGCAGGGUGUACUUAAUGUAUCAUUCCUGGAGUCAGGUGAUCUAUGGAGGUGUGGCUGGCAGCAUCAUUGGGGUGAUCUGGUUUUUUAUCACACAAGAGGUGCUGACGCCGCUUUUUCCGAAGAUAGCAGCAUGGCCAAUUGCAGAAUUCUUUUUGGUGCGUGACACAAGCCUGAUCCCAAACAUCUUGUGGUUUGAGUAUACCGUGACACGAUCAGAAGCAAGAAACAGACAACGAAAGCUUGGAACAAAACUUCAGUGAUUUUUUUUUUUUUUUGGUUUUGUUUUUGGUUGCUUGUUUCCUCGUUUAAACUGGGAAAGGACCACACACUGGAGAAUCAAUUCUGGACUGAUCUUGUUACAAAAAAGGGGAACCAUUUAAAGGACGGACCAAAAGAAAUGCUGGGACUGACCUACAACCUGAACAAGUCAUUUGGCUUGAUUCUGGUGCUCGUUACAGCUUGCUAAAUGCUCCCUGAUGCAUGCACGACUGUGCAGGAGGCAGACUAUUUAAUGAAAAAAAUUAAUAUAUUUUAAUCUUAAACGCACGCAAGCAGUAAUAAAGUACUGUAUGUAACUGAA